AUGGCGUCCGAAGAGAUUGAAACGAUGGAUAUUGAUUGGGAAGAAAAAGCAAGCAGUUCAAACGCUAAAACUGAAACACAAAGCUCUACCGCUGCUAAACGAAAAGGUUUUCAACUUCCUUGGUAAGAUUUUGAAAUAACUACAGAAUUUCAUGUUAUUAAUUUUAUUUAAUUAUAAAAGUUCAAUGCAAUCUUAUUGUUUAGGCCACUACAAGUUAAUCUUUAGUUUCUGGUCCGCCGCCCGCGUCCUUUCUUCGCAAAGUAUUAUUUCAGGACUAUUUUGUUGCUUACAAUUAAUUUCUAGUUCUUGAAAAUUUUCGCGAAGGAUUUAACUUAUAGAACAAUAAAUAUUCAAUUUACACUAAAAACAUCUAGCAAAAUGUAGUAAAACCGCUGUUUUAUCAAGAUUACGAGGUAAAAAAACUAGAAAUAUUAAUAGAUCAUUUUGAUAUGUAAAAUCCUUUGUAAUCUGUCAUACAUGUCGAUUUAUAAAUAAUAUAAAUGCAAUUUAUGUAAAAUUUCAUAACAUUUUGAUACAAUUAGCAUGAAAAGGGACAAGAAAGACCACAAAAAUGUGGGCAAAGCCACAAUUGUAAUUAUGUCCUAUAGUCCUAACCACCCGCCCGCCCGCGUCCUAAACGAAGGUAAUGCCGGACCAGAAACUAAAGAUUAACUUGUAGUGGCCUUAUAUAAAAUGUUUAAUAAUAAUUAUGAAAUAUUAUAAAUAGGAUUUUUAACGGACUGGUCACUUGGUAAUUGUUUAUAUUUAUAGGGUUGAAAAGUACAGACCAACAAAGUUAAAAGAUAUCGUUGGGAAUGAAGACACUGUUAGUCGAUUGCAGGUAUAUUAAAUAUUGUGUUCAGUGUCUGGUAGGUUUUUGUCGUGGUUGUUUGAUGGUGGUGGUAUUUAUGGUUGUAUUAAUGAUAGUAAUGAUGAUGAUGAUUGAUGAUGGUAAUGAUGAUUGAUGAUGGUAAUGAUGAUUGAUGAUGGUAAUGAUUGAUGAUGGUAAUGAUGAUGAUUGAUGUUUAUAGUGAUAAAGAUUUUGAUGAUGGUGGUGAUGGUGAUAAAUAUGGUGGUAUUAGUGGUGAUGAUGAUGGUGAUAAGAUAAUUGUAAUGGUGGUGAUGAGGUUGAUGGUUAAAAGAUGAUGGUGAUGGUAUUAAUAACUGGUGAUGAUGAUGGUGGUAAAAAUGAUGGUGACGGUAUUACUGGUGAUGAUGGUGAUUAUGAUGAUGGUGAUAAAAAUGAUUGUAAUGGUAGUGAUGAGUUGAUGGUUAUAAAGUUAAUGGUGAUGGUAUUACUGGUGAUGAUGAUGGUGAUAAAAAUGAUGGUGAUGGUAUUAGUGGUGAUGAUGGUGAUUAUGAUGAUGGUGAUAAAAAUGAUUGUAAUAGUGGUGAUGAGGUUGAUGGUUAUAAAGGUGAUGGUAUUACUGGUGAUGAUGAUGGUGAUAAAAAUUAUGGUGAUGGUAUUAGUGGUGAUGAUGGUGAUCAUGAUGAUGGUGAUGAUAAAGAUGAUUGUAAUGGUGGUAAUGAGGUUGAUGGUUAUAAAGAUGAUGGUGAUGGUAUUAGUGGUGAUGAUGAUGGUGAUGAUGGUGGUGGUAAAGAUGAUUGUAAUGGUGGUGAUGAGGUUGAUGGCGAUAAAGAUUAUGGUGAUGGUAAUGAUGUACACCAUGGUUUGCAAUUAAGAAUGAACAGUUAAAAAAACAUUGUCUAUUGUCACAUGAAACUUGAUUUUUGCUAGACAUUUUUGGUGUACAGAACUUGAUUAUUCAAUAUGUCUACCCAACGCACACCUCUGUCCACUGAUCUAUAUAAAUCGUAAUCGACGACUGGGUACGAGUCAGUACUUGUCUGGCUUUGGACAUGGUAGUUGAUAUUAUGUUAAAAGAACUUAAUUUCUAUUAGUUUCUGUUGAAGCAAGAACCUUCACAUCCAGUUUCAACAACUGUAACUUAAACAGUGGCUCCAUUGCGCGCCUAUUUCUUCAAGUGCAUCGUAUUUUUUUCUAGGUUUUUGCUGAACAGGGAAAUGUACCGAACAUUAUUAUUGCAGUAAGUCUACCGUCUGCAGUUUUUAACAUACAGUACUAAUAAUGCAACCCCAUUUCCAGAUGACUACUUACUGCCCUUCACUAUGUACAUGUUAUGCUAUGCUACAACAUAAAUUUUAUGUAGGGGCCACCAGGUUCAGGAAAGACAACCAGUAUUCUAUGUCUAGCUAUGGCAUUACUUGGUGGUUCUAUUAAAGAGGCAGUUUUAGAACUGAAUGCAUCAAAUGAUAG